UCCUAAUGUGCCUCCAGAAACAGCGACUCAAGAGAUGGAUUCUGUAGCAGAGUACCUUAGCGUACUAAGCAUGGCUUUAGGAGACUGGUUCCAGUAACUGGCAUGCUUUCAGAGUUGAAUUUUAGGCAUUGUAGCGUUUCACUUGCGAUAAUAUUUGGGGUUGUUUUCAAAAGUGGAGGAGCGGCAGCGGCUGGUCUCGUUAGCAACUGUCGCACGCGCAGUGUAACCACGGAAACACAAGUAUCAUGGCGCCGCGACCAUUUAAAUCACAAACCUGCCACACAAUUUUGUAAAAAUGGAAGACCAAGCACUGACUAAAACUCGACCUAAUUCUUCAGAGUUUUCGACCGAGUCCCCAGAAAGCCUGUCCAGCACCCACAGAGCUGCGGAUGUGUCUCCUGACUGUGGUUCGGAUGUCCGGAGUCCCUCACAGACCCGGUGUGCCAGGAAGGAGUUCAUAAUGAUGUCUCCACAAGAAAAGCUCAAACACUUUGACAGCCGGGCUCAGGCCAGUGAGAACAACCAGGAGUUUGAUGCUUCCGUUCAGGAUCUGGUGCGCUGCGUGGCUCUAACAAGGCUAGUAUAUGGGGAGGGACACCUGAAAGUGGCCCAGGCCCAUGCCAGGCUGGCUAAAGCAUAUUUCUGUUUCAAAGGCUGGGCAUUGCAGGCCCAGGAGCACUCAGUCCUGGCUAAAGAACUGCUACCGUUCUGCUCUACCAUCUCCUCCUGCAAGCCUGAAAAUUUAGAGGUUCUCACAUGUCUUCUGGACAUACACCUCACACAGGGAGGUGCUUCACUUCUUACAGACAAUUUUGUGGAGGCAGAAUCGUCUUUCCUGGAGGCAGAGCACAUUAUUGAGGAGCUUCAUCAACAAAAUGUUGUCAGCCAGGAAGAGAAGAUAAAGACUCAGCUGGAAAUCUCCACUGGUCUAUGCAGGGUCUAUAAGAGACAGAACAGACCAGAGGCAGCCUUGAGCCAGUGUGAGAAGUCUCUGCAACUGCUGAAGGAUUGUAGUAAGCCAGAAAAGGCUUGCUCUGUCUACAAGGACAUGGCUGCCAUCGAACAAGACAGAGGUCAUUUGGACCAAGCCAUAGAGCUUCUUUCCAAGGCUCAUUCCAUUGCUAUGAGUCACAACCCAGAGGAGCUAGAGGGGGCUCAGAUCUCCCACAGCCUGGCCCUCAUCCUCUCUGCUGCAGCAGAGCCCCAUCACAAUGACUCUGCAGGACACUACUUUGAGCAGAGUCUAAGUGCAUACAAGAAGUGUGCAGGUCCACUGGAUCCAGCCUUUCUUAAUGCCCAAGACGACUUUUGUCGCUUUCUCCUCACGAACGGACAGCAAGAGAAGUGUGUAGAGAUCCAGAGAACUAGUCUUGAUUCUAAAAGAUCUGCAUUUGGUGACGUGAGUGCUGAGGUCGCAGACACUCUUCUGCUUAUUGGAAGUGUGGAAAUGACUGAAGGCAAGAUGAACCAGGCCCACAGGACAAUGACAAAGUGCCUGAAGAUCCAGAGUUUGUUGUAUGGUCCUCAGCACAAAAAGACGAAAGCCAUACAGAAGGCUGUGGACAUGCUUGCUCGGGCACCAGAGGUGGCUGAGAGACUGCAGAGGCAAGAUGAAAUCGGUCCCUUUGGAUUUACACCUGCAAGAGUUGAUAACAGAACCGACUGUGGUCCCGAAGGCACUGAGGACUUACUGCGAAAACUUACCAUGAUUGAAAGAGAAACUGUCGCUGUUACAGGGUUUGGACCUUUCAGACAGUUCUUGGAGAACCCCAGCUGGAAAGCAGCUCAGGGAUUGAAGUCAGCUGGACUGGGGAACAGGAUUGAUGUUUACAUCAAGGAGGUACCAGUGACUUACGUUAAAACCCAAAAGAUUAUAGAGGAACUCUGGAGAACUGUUAACCCAAAGUUUGCAGUCCAUCUGGGUGUAGCCAGAGGUUCCAGUGCUGUCAUUUUGGAACAAACAGGGAAGAACAGCGGCUACAGAGACAGAGAUGUGUGCGGCUUCUGUCCUGAAAAUCACUGCUGUGUCGAAGGCGGACCAGAGAAACUGGACUCGGUCAUCAACAUGAGAGCCGUUUCCAAGUUCUUCAAACAAUCCGGGAUGGAUGUGAUUUAUUCCAGAGACGCUGGCAGGUACCUGUGUGAUUUUGCGUAUUACUUGUCCCUGUAUCACGGUCAGAGGAAAGCAGUCUUCAUCCACGUGCCCUCUUCUGGCAGCCUGGCCUCAGCUGACAGACUGGUACCUCUGCUGCUGACCCUCAUUCAGACGAUGCUCCAACAGCUUGAGGGUCCUUCAGAAACAGCAUGAGUGGUCUCGCUGUCGUCUCGAACCACCUCUGCAGCUGGGUGCCAGCUCCUCUCCACACACAGGAAUUAUGGGUAAGGCUUUCCUAAGCACGCGCCUCUCUUCAGACUCUGAAGCAGCAGGUGGGGGUGGGUGGCUCUGACUUGUUUUUCAGCAGCGCAGGAAGUGUCUCAAAGUUGACGUUCAGAUGUCCAAACCCGGGCGGCAGAGACCUCCCAUGAAAAGACAUGUAAUGCUUGGAGCUGGGCCGACGCACCACAGUAACCUAUCUGCAUAGCCCUGCCUGUCGAAAACUCCUGCCCCACCAUCUGUUGCUGUGCACGAGGUUUGUUGCUGCAAAUUUAGAAAACAAACAUUGCAGUAAAUCCUGACUUGUUGUCAGCAUCCUGUCACUCACAGCACACAUGACCCAUGUUAUUGCCAUUAGGCUAAAUUGACUUACAGAUGACCUGCCACUUUUGUGCACAAGCAGUGUAUGUGAUGUUUGAGAACGACUCCACUUGUUCUUCAGCUGGCGUAAAGAGAACUCCUUAAGUUCGAACCCCACCUGUUUUAGACUCUUUUCUUACUUUUUAUGAUCACUGGUGUUCCUUUACCUGUUUACACACAUUUGGCACAGUGAAUUCCAUUUUAAUGUACCAAAUGUGCUGUUUAAAUACAGCUCGACUCACAGAGCAGCAACCAUUGGGUUGCAAAGAUGGCACCUCGGAUGUCUGCCUCACUAAUACUUUUUUUAUGUUUAUUUGCUCUGGUUAUCUUGUCAUCUUGUGCUUGUGUCACCCUGUAUAUUUAUCAACUUCUCUGUCUUAAAUUCUAGUGGGAGCUAAUAUGAGUCAAAUUCCCUUUGUGCCAGAGUACUUUGCCAAAAAAGCAGAUUCUGAACUUUUGUGACCAAAAAAUGGUGUUACAAGCAAAUAUCUGGUAGUGUUGCUGUCAAAGUUGUGUACACAUGUAGACACUGCCAAAUUUUCAUGAAAGAGAUGAGCCAAAAAACCUUGAUAAAAUCAGAAACAGACAUGAUUUUGGGCCAAGUGUGAGUGCGGAGCAGUCUCCAAACAUCUAUGCUAAACGCUUAAUAAACCCGAACAAGAAUCUCUUGCAACACAACUAAAAAAUGCUCUGGUCUUUGUUAAACACAUGCAACAUCCCCAGUGUCAUGAAAACCUUGAUGUAUAAUAGCCCUGUAAGUGAUACUGCACAUUCCACAGUAAAUCACAAUGUUUAAUAUGA